AUGCCUGUAUUGACCACGCGUGUGGUGACAGGUCACAACAAGGACCAUGAAGUCAGCAGCCAUCGCAAAUGCCCGAGUGUAUACGUCAUAAGAAAGAAGCAGAAUCUUUACUUUGUGCCCAAGCUAGGAGAAAUAUUGGUGAAUACAUCGCACGCCAUCGGGCCUGACGGGAAAAGUUCCACCAUGGUGAACGAGUUCAAGCCGGCCGGUACCAAACCCAUUGCCAACGUCAGGAGGGAUAGCACCCAGUUCCGGCCACUCAACGCGUGGACACGCAAUGCCGAGAGCACUGAGUCAAGCGUCGGAAACAUCUUCAGUCAAGCAGAACAAUAA